AUGAAGAACUUGGUUGCACUAAACCAUGGAACACUUAAGCCAACUUCGGAUUCACAUCCGGGGUUAAAGCUUAUUACAAGUUCUUUCGAUUCACUUACAGAUAGUAUAACGUGUGUAUUAGGAGCAGCUGAUAUUGGUGCCAUUGAGGUACAGCAAUAUAUGAAGGAUGGUAAGGUUAGUACACUGGCUUCUUUUUGUGUCGAGACGUUCGAUGAUAAAUUGCUUUCAUUUAUGCAUUUUGCUGAUAUCAACCAACUGGUAUUUGUAUUUGAACAAGGAGAUAUCAUGACCGCCACCUAUGAUCUUGAAGAUUUAAAUGCAGGUGCUCAAAUUACAAUUGUUGGUUCGAUAGAUGACGGCAUUGUUGCUGCGGAAUGGUCACAUGACGAGGAGUCGCUUGCACUAGUUACUGGGAAUCGUUCUGUACUGCUUUUAAGUAGACAGUUCGACCCUAUUUCUGAAUUGAAGCUUGAAGUGAAGGAUCUCAAGGAAUCUAAACAUGUAACAGUUGGUUGGGGUAAGAAGGAAACACAGUUCAGGGGUAAAGGAGCUCGCGCUAUGGAGCGGGAGGCUUUGCAGUCUUUGAAGGCAUCUGGGCUGGUAGGUGGUGAAUUAAGGGAUCCAACAAUGCCCUAUGUUGUUGAUUCUGGCAUUAUAUUGGACACGGAUAAUCGCUCCGUUAAUAUUUCAUGGAGAGGUGACUGUGAGUACUUUGUUGUCUCCGCUAUUGACACUGUUGCCGACCCAGACGAUGAGACUAAGACCAUAGAACGUAGAACACUUCGUGUUUAUUCACGUGAUGGAAGUCUGGACAGUGCAUCAGAGCCAGUGGAUCAUUUGGAGCACCAUUUGGCUUGGAAGCCACAGGGUUCUUUGAUUGCUUCGAUACGUCGUAAAACAAAUAUACCCGAAGAGGAGUCUUUGGAAUUGGUUUUCUUUGAAAGGAACGGUUUGAGGCAUGGAGAAUUUGACACUAGGCUACCAAUUAAUGAAAUUGUGCGCUUUAUAGCAUGGAAUUCAACUUCAGAAAUAUUGACCAUUGUAUUGGAGGACCGAAUUCAACUCUGGACUACCAAGAAUUAUCACUGGUACUUGAAACAGGAACUGUAUGGGAGCAAAAUUGAGUUUGUUAAAUGGCACCCUGAAAAAGAAUAUACCCUAAUGUAUGGAGAUGAUGGAGAAGUGCAUAUUGUUGACUUACAUCAUAAGAUGACCCAUGGUCCUACAGUAGCACCCUUUGAUAAAGGUACUUGCCUGGCAAUCGAUGGUCAAACAGUGAACAUUACUCCAUUAGGCAUUGCUAAUGUCCCACCUCCUAUCUACUAUAGAGAAUUUGUUACACCAGGAAACGUUCUCGACGCCGCUGUGAGUUUAUCUAACUCAGUAUACGCUGCUAUUAAUGUAGAUUCGUUAAUCCUCGCAUCUUGUUCAUUGGAUGAGAUGAAGAAUGGAUCCCAUCCUAAGAUUAAUUUUGUGUACAGUAAGCACCAUUUUGCAACUGAGCACGAUAAACUACGUCAAGUUGCUUUUAUUAAAAAUAACCUAGUUGGUGUUUUAUUGGAUUCGGACAAUAUGUCAAGGAUUGCAUUGAUUGAUUUGAAAGAAGACAGAGAACCAAUCCUACGGACUAUAAUCGACACAUUUACUAAGGUGAUUCUUCUAAGAAGUGACGUUGAAUACAACUCUUUAGUAUAUGAGACAACUGAUGCUCGGAUUGUACAAAUUGAAGAAAAUGGUAAUACUAUUGAUCUUGUUCAAUUCCCUCAACUUGUGAUUGAUUUUAAGGUUAAAAGGAUCACAUCUUCGGCUUCUGAAGAUACCUGGGGUGUUAGUAAUUCGAAAACUGUAUGCUUUGGGUUAACUAGUAACGGUAAAUUAUUUGUGGAUAAAGUGCAGCUAACUACCGCGGUUACCUCUAUGGAAGUCACAGAUUCAUUACUGUUGUUCACAACUGCACAGCACAUGUUACAGAUGGUCCAUUUGAACACGGCAGAUUUAAAGCCAUUGCCGAUUGUGGAGGGUGAUGUAACCGAUGAGAGAAUCCGCUCAGUUGAACGUGGUUCUAUUUUGGUUAACGUUAAUCCUUCAAAUUCGGCCGUAACCCUACAAGCUCCUCGUGGUAACCUUGAAACUAUUCGUCCUCGGAUUAUGAUAUUAUCUGAAGUUCGUAGGAACAUUGUUACAAUGCGUUACAGGGAGGCUUUCAAUUCCUGUCGUGUUAACAGAAUAAAUUUGGAUAUUCUACAUGACUAUGCUCCAGAUUUAUUUUACGACAAUCUUGAGAGUUUCAUAAACCAGAUAGAAAGAGUGGAUUAUCUUGAUGUUUUUAUUUCUUGUUUAACUGAAGAGAACGUUUCUGAAACCAAAUACAAAGAGACUUUGAAUGAGGCUACCGAUUCAUCAUUUAAGCUUGCUCCACCUCCCCCCACCGAGAUGGAGCUAUACAUUCAAAAGAAGAAAUUUAACCCUGCCACAUCGAAAGUUAACAAGAUUUGUAAGGCUAUGCUUCAAGUCUUCCUGGCUAAUCCUACCUACAGGAAGAAGUAUCUGCAGAACAUUGUGACCGCAUAUGCAUGUCAAAAUCCUGCAGAUAUUAAAGGGGCUUUAACUUUCAUUAGUGGACUACCUACUGAAGAAAAUAAGGACUCUGCUAUUACCCAUCUGUUUUACUUGCAAGAUGUUAAUAUCUACAAAGUAGCCUUAUCCCUCUAUGAUAUUCCACUAUCGCUGGCUGUCGCACAAAAGUCACAAAUGGAUCCAAGAGAAUAUUUACCAUUCUUGCAAAUGUUGGAAAAUCAUGAACCGCUACGCAGAAAAUUUGUUAUUGAUAACCAUCUUGGUAAUCAUGCUAAAGCAUUGGUGCAUUUGUCGGAGAUGGGGGAUGAUAAAGAGAAGUUAUCGAAUGAAUUGUUGGAAUAUGUCGACGAGCAUGAGUUAUAUACCGAUGCUCUACAUAUCUAUCGUUACGAGCCUGUCAAGCAAAAUUCGAUCUACCAGAUAUAUGCCAAAUAUCUAUCUUCAAAGCAAGAAUAUGCAGAGGCCGGUAUCAUCCAUGAGAUGAUAGGCGAGUGGAAGGAAGCCAUGGAUUCGUUUAGUUCAGGUAAUAGAUGGACAGAAGCCUUGUCAAUCGCAACCUUACAUUUUCCUGAAAUGGUUGUUGAGGUUGCAGAAAAGCUUGUCACUUCUUUGACAGCAGAACAUAAAUACAUUCCGGCAGCUCAGAUACAAUUGAGGUUCCUCAAGAAUGCUCGCGAGGCAAUUACGCUGUACUGUAAUGCAUAUGCAUAUGGUGACGCCAUUAUGACAUGUGGCUCAACAGGAAAUAUUAAUUUAAUUACUGAAGUUGUAGAUCCUGCAUUGGGUGAGGGUUUCAGUACCGUGGCAGAAUUAAUUGCUGACUGCAAAGGGCAAGUGAACUCUCAGUUAAGGAGAUUACGUGAGCUUCGUGCAAAGAAGCAGGAAGACCCAUACGCAUUUUAUGGUGAGGAAACCGAGCAGGCAGAUGAUGUCUCAAUUGCAGCUUCCAUAACGUCCACGAAAGAAUCCUUCUUCACUCGCUACACCGGCAAGACAAGUGGUACGGCAAGGACAGGCGUUUCUAGGAAGACAGCCAAGAAUAAGCUUCGUGAAGAACGUAAACGUGCUCGUGGUAAGAAAGGUACCAUAUAUGAAGAAGAAUAUUUGGUUAAAUCUAUUGGUAGAUUAAUUGAAAGGCUAACUCAGACACAGAGUGAUGCAGUUCAUCUAAUAGAUGGUUUGUUACGUCGUAACAUGAGAGAACAAGCGUACCAACUUCAGAAAGGAUUCGUAGGAGUACUUUCUACUUUGAAGGAGAAUAUUGUUGAGAUCUACACAAUUAGCGAGAGAGACCGUGAAAGAAUAGAUGACAAUGGUCAAGUGUAUUAUGUGCCUGAGAUCCCUGUGCCAGAAAUUAAGGACUUCCCUACCAGGAGCAUCAUUGACUAUUAG